AUGGUUGUACAAUGGGGACGACUUACACUAUUCAAUGAUUCUGUUAUCGAUAACACGUUAUCAUGGUCCCAGUGUAUUACAAAGUGUCAGAAUGAUGAUACUUGUAUGGCACCAAAAGAAAACAAGCAACCGAAACCCAAAAAAGCGCCAAACCCCAAACUUCGAAAUUUCCUGUUCAAACUCGUUUUAACCUCUGAAACGAACCCAAAUUUGGCCCAAAUUAUCAAUUGGACCAAAAAAGAGGAAAUGGUGUUUCAGUUAGUAGAUCGAGAAGAAGUGGCACGUCGAUGGAGCGCUCAUAAAGGGACCAAUCGAGAGAUGAACUACGAAUCGAUGUCCAGAAGCUUGAGAGCUUAUUAUCGAGCUGGAAUCAUGGAGAAAGUUGCCGGAAAGAAUUUCCGCUAUCAAUUUUUGCCGGAUGAUUGGAUCAGAGCACAGGUGGCUCAAGCCAACGCCAAGAAGAACAACUUCUCGAUUGACAAGAUUUUGGGACCACAAACUACUCAAUGA